UCCGUGGAAGGCGUGGCAUAUUUAUAAAUUUUCUGACAGUAGCAGCAUUGAAAGACAAUUGCAAGUGGUGCUUUCUGCUUUGUAUUCAACCUCUAUUAAACCAAACUACAGCUGCUGAUCAUGGAGAGCUUGGCAAGUGCAAACACUAGCUUCGCCCUGGACCUCUUUAAGAAGCUCACAAAUGACCGAAAAACAGCGAACAUCUUCUACUCCCCCCUGAGCAUCUCUUCCGCUCUGGCCAUGGUGUAUAUGGGGGCUCGGGGGAACACAGCCGCUGAGAUGGCACAGGUGGUUCAUUUUAGCAAACCGAAAGAAGGGGCUGCUGCUGGAAUGCAACAGAAAAUGCAAAUGCAAAUGCCUAGCUAUCUACAGUCCGUCCGUUUUAACAAAUCUCAGGAUGCUGUGCACUCUGGAUUCAGAGCGCUGAUCUCGGACAUCAACAAACAGGGCGCUCCCUAUAAAUUGUGUUUGGCUAAUCGUCUGUAUGGAGAAAAAUCAUUUGACUUUGUCAAGGAAUUCAUUCAGGACACCAAGAAGUUCUACCAGGCAGAGCUGGAAGCUGUUGAUUUUGGAACUGCAUCAGAAGCAGCCAGACAGAACAUCAACUCCUGGGUGCAGAGCCAGACAAAUGACAAAAUCCAGAACUUGUUGGCUGAAGGGACUGUCGAUUCUCUGACCAGACUUGUCCUGGUGAAUGCCAUCUAUUUCAAAGGAAACUGGGCGAAAAAGUUCAGUGAGAGUGAAACAAAAGAAAGGCCUUUCCGACUGAGCAAGAAUGGAACUAAACCUGUGCAGAUGAUGCAACAGAAAGCCAAGUUUAACCUCACAUUCAUUCCUGAAGUGAACAGUCAGAUUAUAGAGCUCCCAUAUGUUGGCAAUGACCUGACCAUGCUCAUCAUGUUACCUAUGGAUAUUGAAGACGAUUCCACUGGACUGGAGAAGCUUGAAAGGGAGCUCACCUUUGAGAAUCUCAUGGAAUGGACUAAGGCAGAAAUGAUGGACAACACUGAGGUGACUGUAACCCUGCCAAAGUUCAAGCUGGAGGAGACCUAUGACCUUAAGUCGGCUCUGACCAGCUUGGGCAUGGUAGAUGCCUUUGACAUUGGCAAGUCUGAUUUCUCUGGCAUGUCUCCCAAUAAUGAACUGGUGCUGUCGAAGGUGGUGCACAAGUCCUUUGUGGAGGUGAAUGAGGAGGGCACAGAGGCAGCAGCCGCCACUGCGGCCAUCAUGAUGAUGCGCUGUGCGAUGAUCCCUGUACACUUCAAUGCUGACCACCCAUUCCUGUUCUUCAUUAGGCACAACAAAACCGGCAACAUCCUCUUCUAUGGCAGGUUCAGCUCUCCUUAAGUCUGCACUUAUAAGUGCUGUGAUUUUUGCCUUAAACCCUUAUGCCUUAUCACACACUAUAAAAAAACCCACAAUGAGGUGUUCUUUGUAAGGAAAGGAGCAUUUAAAAUGCUCAGCUGAAUUGCAUAGCUCCUUUUUGUUCAACACUAUUGCAGUGUUUAGUGAACUGCGUAACUGUUGUUAUAUCACCACAAUGUAUAAUCAUAAAUAUUUGUGCUCACAAAUGAAUAAACAAGGCUUUAAACAUG